AUGCUGAGUGAGGCCCUGUUGCACAACGACAACCCUCCCCUGCCACCACCUGCUGGGAAUCGAGACAUGGGUCGUUUAGUUUCGGGGCAUAGGCCGCCUGUUUUUGCUGGAGAGGAAGAUCCGGUGCUGCUUGAAGAGUGGAUCAGGUCCUUGGACAAGAUCUUCGCUGUUGUGGGUUUCCUAGAAGACCGCUGCGUGGAGUUGGCUUCUUUUUACUUUAGCCACGAGGCCGACCUCUGGUGGGUGCACGAAGGUCCAGCGUGCCAAGAAGAGCCUGGAUUCGAUUGGUCAGCUUUGAAGGACAAGUUGAGGGAGAUGUUCUACCCAUCUCACGUUAGAGUGGCAAUGUACGAGGAGUUCUUACAUCUUCAGCAGGGGUCGUCAUCUGUGGUGGAAUACCACAAGCGCUUCCUCGAGCUAGCCCGUUUUGCUCGGAUGUUGGUUCCCACCGAGCUGGCAAAGGUGGAGAAGUUUGUGGCAGGGCUCAACUACGAAGCCCGGAAAGCUUUGACGGUGAGCAUGCUUAAGCCUAGCUGA